UGCUGCCAGUCGAUCUUUAGCCCGAGACUACGCAGCAUCGUAACAAAACCGUGUGUGUGUUCUGUGCGCUCAGUGUCACUGUGUGUGCUCUGACUCAGUGCUGUGUGUGUGUUUUUUUUUUUUUUUUACUAUAGUCCAGACCAAAGACUAUACACAAUAUACUAUACACAUAUAUAUAUAUAUAUACAUAUAUAUAUUUUUACCAUACGAUCACGAUCUCACGACAUUCCGGCAUUUUCCACCUGAUUGUGUGCGGGCGGGUUAACGCCAUCUUGUAUCACACGUUUUUUUGUUAUUUUUUUAUUAUUAUUAUAUAUUAAUAUAUAUAUUAAACAUAUAUAUAUACAUAUAUUAAUUAUAAAGACCAAUAAUUACUGAUAAUAAUUUAAAACAAGUGAAUUUAUAAAGUGAAAUUUAAAAAAUUUAAAUUAAAUGUAUACGCGACACAAAGCGUCGCCUCAUUUGUGGGGUUAAUUUUUUUUUUUAAAAUUAAUUAUUUAUUUUUAAAAAUUCUAAACAAAUAAGUGAAGUGCAAGUGCCAGAAUAAUUGACAUUUUUAAAUAAUUUUUUUUAUUAUUUUGGUGUUCAAACGGAAAUUAUUUAAAUUUGAUCGAUGACACCGACUUCUACAGUGUAUAGUCACAAAAACGUAAAUUAAAAUAAUAAACUAAAUGUAAAAAAAAAUAAAUGCGUAUGAAACCUAAAGCAUAUAUCCGCAACUCAGACGGAAUUUAUCACAACAUUGAAGACGUAUCUAAAGAAAUGACAAACAUGUUUCCACAACAAUAUUGUUUGAGGUGGAAGUACCACCAUAGUAAUUUACAGACAAUGUUCUCACAGCUGUUAGAAAGACAAGCGUAUUGUGAUGUUACGCUUGCCUGUGAGGGACAAACUCUACGUGCACACAAGGUGGUACUAAGUGCCUGCAGUACAUACUUUGACACAAUAUUAUCACAGUACGAGGAAAAAGACCCGAUCGUAAUAAUGCGUGACGUCAAAUUUUCCGACAUCAAAGUACUGGUGGAAUUUAUGUACAAGGGAGAAAUAAAUAUCGAUCACACAAGACUGUCAUCAUUGCUGAAGACCGCUGAAGAUUUGCACAUAAAAGGAUUAGCGGAAGUGAGUUGGAGAAGCGACUCAGCGCAAAAUGAUUCAAAUAACAGCGGGCAUAGUCCUGGCAGUGGUAGCGGCGGUAGCGGAAUCGGCGGCAGUGGAGGUGGCGGAGGGGGAGGGGGUGGUAGUAGCACCGGAACGCCGGGGGUUGAAACGGUACUGAGAGAAGGCGAUUUAGAUGACACACCACCACCACACAAACAGCGACGUCGGGGUCGACCGCCGUUAGAUGAUCCACCUUCUCAACAUGACGUAUUUACACCAAAAGUAUCGUGUAUUACUGGAAGUGGAAACGUACGAACUUUUUCCGAAGAAAUGAUGAGUGAAGGCGAUCAUGAGAGUUGGGAUGACGAAACAAUGAUGACUGACAAUGAACCUGGACAAACGAUGCCGUAUCUAACAAAGGAAGAAAAUGCUAAUGAAGAAAAAAAAUCAAACCAACAAGCGACGAAUUCAAAUGCAACAAAUCCAGCAGUACCAGAACAAUUUCGCGAUGUAAUUAAAAUGAAUGAUUAUUUAACAACUGGAAGACGACAAGAAUUCUGGGAAGAACCUUUUACUCGUCGGGUAAUGGAUGCUAUUAAGAGUAAAGAAUUAGAGAUGAAGACUGCUGCUGAGAUUCUCGGCGUAUCUUAUGGUACAUUGUACGGUAGAUAUCGUGACAGUUAUGGUUGCCUUAAACAUCCUUAUAGAGUUCGUGAUUUUUGGUCUGAGCCCGGACCAGCAGAUGUCCUCGCAAAGUUACGCCGCAAGGAGAUAACACUUUUCCGAGCAGCCGAAUUUCUAAACGUAACCGUCCACACACUAGCAACAUAUUUAUCAACAUUACAAGGACCAGACCGCAUAUCUCUAGCCGGUGAACUGAACGCGAGCGUUCUCGACAGCGUAAACGACACCGACGACAUUAACGACGUGAUACAAAAGUACAAUACGUCGGAAAAAAAUUCAUCGACACCAGCGUCACCAACUCUACCACCAACAACUUUAUCACUUUCAUCAAAACGUAGCAGUAGCAGUAGCACCGAAUUAGUUAGUAAUUUAGUCGACGUUAGUAUUAAAGCCAGCGCUGCAGUCUUAGAAAAUAAUCCUGACAUAACUAUCGUUAAAACUGAAAAUCUACAGCAAAUUUCAACAUCAUCAUCAUCAUCAUCACGUAAACGUGAUCACAACAAAUCAUCAACGGCAACAGUCACCGCCAUUACACCGACAACAACAAAUUCUGAUAACAAUAACGCGAAAUUAAUGAGCGGGGGCGGUUGCAUCAGCGACUCAUCAUCAUCACAUAAAUUAAAUGAUCAUCAAUUAUCAUUAAAUAAUGAUCAUAAACCCUAACUAUUCAGGCCUUAUUUAAUUAUUAAUAAUAAUAAUAAUAAUAAUAACAAUAAUAAUAAUAAUUAUGAUAUCAAUCAACAAUUAAAUAUUAAUAAUAAUAAUAAUGAUUAUUAUUUAAAUGACUAUUUUAAUGAUUAUGAUAACGGUAGAUUAUAUAAUAAUAAUUAUAAUGGUGGUAAUCGUAUGCAAUUUUAUCAACGUAAAUUGUCACGUAAAUUGGUUCGAUUUUUAACGAAUAAUUUGCGUAUGAACUGAUAAUUGUGUAAUUAUAUAUUAAUGUAUGUAAUUUUUUUUUUUUUUUUUUUUAGGUUAAGUUUUUAUUUUUUAUGUUUUUGUGAGAAAACUUGGGAUCGAUACAAUCGAAAUGGGAGAGAAAAUAGAGAAAUAACAAUUUUUUGUUGAUAUAUCGAUAUAUCGAAUUUUUAAAGAUCGAUAUUUGGAAAGAGGGAUGAAAUUUAGAAAUAAAGAUUUUGGGGUUAAUAUAUCGAUAUAUCGAAUUUUUAAAGAUCGAUAUAUUGAAAUUCGAGAGAUCGAUGUAUUGAUUUCGAUAUUUGAAAAGAGGGAUGAAAUAUAGAAAUAAAGAUUUUAUGGUUAAUAUAUCGAUAUAUCGAAAUUUUAAAGAUCAAUAAAUUGAAAUUUGAGAGAUCGAUGUAUUUUUUUCGAUAUUCGGAAAAAAGGAUAAAAUAUAGAAAUAAAAAUUUUUUGGUUGAUAUAUCGAUAUAUCGAAAUUUCAAAUAUCGAUAUAUUGAAAAUCGAGAGGUCGAUGUAUUGAUUUCGGUAUUUGAGAAGCAGAGUAAAGAAGAAAAAUGACGAUUUUUGGUUGAUAUAUCGAUAUAUCGAAAUUUCAAAUAUCGAUAUAUUGAAAUUCGAGAGGUCGAUGUAUUGAUUUCGAUAUUUGAAAAGCGGAGUAAAGUAGAAAAAUGACGAUUUUUUGGUUGAUAUUUCGAUAUAUCGAAAUUUUAAAGAUCGAUAUAUUAAAAUUCGACCGGUCGAAUUUUUGCAUACUUACAAAAACUUAAAAAAAUUCCUACUUAAUGUUUUCAAUCAGUACAUCGAUUCAGAUUGUCCGUGUAUCGAUAUCGAACUUCAAUAAAUCGAUCUAUUAAUUCGAUUCUUGAACAUUUUAUUUCCUACUAUAUCAUUUAUUACUUUUUAAACAAAAACCAAACAAUUGAAUAUAAAAACAAUCGAUAGACCCAACAAUAAUCUAUAAAUCGAUCCAUUAAAAAUUGAUGUAUCGAUAAUCAAGGUAUCGAUAGUUGAGAAAUCGAUGUAUCGAAAUUUUUGAAAAUCGAUCUAUCAACAGUUAAAAAAUUUAUCUAUCGAUACAUCGAUAGUCAAAACAUCGAUAUAUCGAUAAUCAAGGUAUCGAUAGUUGAAAAAUCGAUGUAUCAAAAUUGUUUAAAAUCGAUCGAUCAACAGUUGAAAAAUUUAUACAUCGAUACAUCGAUAACCAAAACAUCGAUAUAUCGAACAUCAAUAUAUCGAUAAUCAAGGUAUCGAUAGUUGAGAAAUCAAUAUAUCGAAAUUGUUUAAAAUCGAUCAAUAAACAAUUAAAAAAUUUAUAUUUCGAUACAUCGAUAACUAAAACAUCAAUAAUCGAUAUAUCGACAAUCGAUGUAUCGAAAGUUCAAAAAUUCGAUUUAUCGAAAUUAAAAAAAUCGAUAUAUCGAUACAUUAAAAUUCGAUAUUUUUUAAAUUUUGUACUUUAUAAUAAAAAAAAAUUUUUUUUUCGUCUUUAUAUAUUUUCAUCAAUAAAAAAAUUCCAUUAAAUUUUUUUUUUUUUUUUUAAUUUUUUAUAAAAAAAAAUGCAUUUAUCAUAAUAGUAAUACAGCCAUUUCUAAUUAAACGAUA